UCCAUGACCUCAGUGCAGAGGUGGGCAAACUAUGGCUCGGGGGCCACAUCCAGCCUUUGAAAUGUUUUAAGCUUGCCCUUAAGCUCCCACCAGGAAGCAGGGUUGGGGGUUUGUCCCACUUUAGUGCUCCAGCCUGGGAGCAGGGUCAAGGUCGUGCCCCACUCCACACGACUCCCAGAAGCAGCAGCAUAUCCCCCACUCUGGCUCCUACACAUAGGGGCAGCCAGGGAGCUCAGCAUGCUGCUGCUACCCCUGCCCCAAGCACUGCCCUUGCAGUUCCUAUUGGCUGGCUGGGAAGUGCAGCCAGGAAGAGCUGUAGGGGUGGCACCUGCGGACAAUUCAGCAUGCAGAGCCUCUGGGCUGCACCUCUGAAAAAGCCGGAGGGGGGACAUGCUGCUGUUUCUGGGAACUGCUUGUGGCUGCUGCAUGCAUCAGUCCCUGGCUUCCCAGGCCUGUUCCUAAUGGACUCCUGGCGGGCCUGGUUUCCAUGCCACAGGGAGCCUGCAGUGGGGCCAGGUACCAGGGGCAGCACCCACAUAGGCAGCAGAUGUCUUGACCCUUUAGAUGGCACAUCAACAAGUCGGCUGUAAGAUGAGACUCUAACUUGCGCCAAAAGUGGGAGGCUGGAAGGCAGGGCAGCUCUAUUACAGCACCUCAUGGCAAACAGCAUGAGCUGAAUGUCCCCAAAAUAGCCAGCAGGAGGCUAUAUAACGGGAGCUGCUGGUGGAGCCCGUCAGCCCCAAGCAGGGAGUCUGGGACUGAGCUCGGUGGGGGUGGGAACACUCAGAGCUGCCUCGCUGCUCUAGAGGGUGGCUGUUUGUGGCUGCCAGGAGAGGCCCCUGCAGAACUAGCAGCUCCAGUGCUCUUUGGCCUAAGGAGGAAGUGACCAGAACAGGGGAGAAGAGUGCACAGUGCUCUGACACUGAGUUGGGGGUGGGGGGUCAGUGCUGCCUCCUGCACCUGCUCACCCAGGCUGUCGCAGCCUCACUGUGUCUCUGCCCUUGUGCCUUCUCACCGGCUUCACAAGAUGCCCACCAGUAUGAAAUACUAUGACCCGACCUCGCUGCCCCGGUACCGCGGCUCCUCCCAGCGCCUCAAGCCAGCACGGACAGUGCGCUUCCCCAACGACAUCAUAUUCCAGGACAACAUCAGGCAGGGGGACUUGGAGCAGGUGGGCAGGUUUAUCCGAGCCAGGAAGGUCACCUUGAGCACCCUGUACCCCUCUGGCUUGGCAGCCCUCCAUGAAGCCGUGUUGGCCGGGAACCUCGACUGUGUCAAACUGCUGGUGCGAUACGGCGCGGACAUUCACCAGAAGGACGAGAAUGGCUGGACCCCCCUGCACAUGGCCUGCAGCAAUGGCUACACCCACAUAGCCAGGUACCUCAUCUCUUUAGGGGCCAGGCUUGAUGCCAUCAAUGACGAAGGGGAGAAACCAUCUGACCUUAUUGACGCUGACUCCAAGGACCUUGUGGAGCUCUUUAAAGCUGCCAGGAUGGACUGAGGCAUCUCUCCCUGGCAUAGGGCUCCUGUUGCUCCAACUCUCCAGCAGCGGAGGUGGGGCAGUGCAGUUGUCAGUCCUGGGGUUGCUGAUCAGGGCAGUUUAGGGGAAGCAGAGAGUUCACUCAGUAACUGCACUGUAGGGCUGUGAACUACCUCAAGCUCCCCAGAGCCCCCAGAUUGCCAGGGGCACCACGGGGAGAAACUGAUCCUUCUCCACUGCUCUCACCCCCACCACAGAGCCAAUGUCCAUCUUCAGCUACAACUGGAUUGGCCAAAAGAGCAGUGGCUGGAGCGCGCUGGUUCUGCCUGGCACUGGUGUGUGGACACUGAAGCAGUGGGGGUCUGAGCUGGCACUGGCUCUGCUGUGUGGAAGCACAUGCUGAUAGGACCCAGCCGGCGCUGACAGUGGCACUGUCUGACUGGAAGCCUUAAAGCUGUUUCUUUGAGCUGCAGCUCCGCAGAAUAACCCUUGUCCGUCCAGGGGCAGAGAGAGAGAAUGAUAGCCCAGCUCUCAUGGCAGCAUGCAGUGCUGUACAGAUUAGAUAUCUUGUCGUAAUGUCACAGUGUCAAAAGUCCUAUUUUGGAUUGAGCCGACUAUAGAUUUGCUUUUCUACUAUAGUGUCCAAUAGGUUGACCUGGUGGCCAGGUUCUUUUUGUUACUUUGAAAAUACUUUUUACUUUUUCAAUAAACUGAUUUCUGGAGA